CGUGCAACGUCGGUCGAUUCGGUCGAGGGGGAUGCGGCGCUUUGGGUCGAUGAUCGAUGACGAUGGUGCGGUGGACAUGUAUAUAUAUGGAUAGGGGUUGCACCUCAAUCUGAACGAUUCAACCGGUUCAGGUUCUCAUCGUCAACACAUCAAUCUUGACAAGCUCAACCCUAUACCCUACACAAAAAUAAAUCAAAACCAAGCUACCGAUAUAAUGUCUGCUACCGACUACAAGUUCGAAGGUUGGGGUGCUUUCGGUCCCGACUCGGUUGAGGGAAACUUCAAGAAGUUCGAGUACGAGCCCAAGCCAUGGGAGGAGACUGAUGUCGACAUCAAGAUCAUGUACUGCGGUGUCUGCGGAUCCGACUUGCACACCGCUUCAUCCGGAUGGGGAGCUGCCGACUACCCUCAAGUCGUCGGGCACGAGAUCUGUGGUGUCGCCGUCCGAGUCGGCUCCAAGGUCACCCACAUCAAGGAGGGAGACAUCGUCGGUGUCGGUGCCCAGUGUGACAGCUGCAACGAUUGCCGCGAAUGUAACAAGCAGAAGGAGAACCGAUGCACUGGUAUGGUCGGAACCUACGGUGGCAAGUUCAAGAAGGAGGGCCCUGCUAAGGACGCCAAGAGUUACGGAGGCUACGCUUCCUACAACCGAUCUCCCGGUCACUUUGUCGUCAAGAUCCCUGACGGCCUCGACCCCGCCUUUGCCGCGCCUAUGCUCUGUGGAGGUGUGACCGUUUACAACCCGCUCGUCUCCAACGGCGCCGGUCCCGGUGUCGACGUCGGUGUCAUCGGAAUCGGAGGUCUCGGACACUUUGCUCUAUUGUUCGCCAAGGCCUUGGGUGCCAACGUCACUGCCAUCUCGCACUCGGAGAGGAAGAAGGAGGAUGCCAUGAAGCUCGGCGCUUCCAAGUUUAUCGCCACUCACUCGGGUGGGGAGCAGGAUUUCGCCCCGCACGCCAGGUCGUUGGACCUGAUCAUCGCGACCACCAAUGAUCCCGAGAUGCCCUUGGGCGGAUACUUGUCCUUGCUACGACCCGACGGCAAGUUGAUCCUCGUCGGUGCUCCCGAAAAGCCCCUCCCUGCGCUCUCGCCGUUCCAACUUAUUCCCGGGUCGAUCUCGAUCGGGGGCAGCAUCAUUGGCUCCCCUUCAUUGAUCUCCGAGAUGCUCGACCUCGCCGUCAAGCACAAGGUCGAGCCUUGGGUUCAGAAGCGAUCGAUGGACAAGGUCAACGAGGUCAUCCCACUCAUGAACAAGGGUGACGUCAAGUACCGAUACGUCCUUGUCAACGAGGAGAACGGUGGGAAGCUAUAAUCGUUGGACAAUAGGAGCAUCUGUAGGAGGAACACAAAUACGUACACGCAGAGGUGUCUUGUAACCGGUGACAAUAGACGAAAAUGAAGUACAAAUUGUGCCGCGUCGAUUGUGAGAUUGCG